AAACAACAUGGCGACUGACGUCUCUGCAAAGACAUGAAAGAAAAGCUCGCUGAACUUUUACAGGAGUUUACUUACAAAAUCGACUGUCGAAUAAAUAUUGUUUGCUAGGAAUUGAACGGAUGUCAGGGGCUCAAACUUCAUGAAUGCCUCAUAAGUUCCAACAUUUUCUCGCUCACUUAUUUAGGGUCACGGAUUUCACAACUCGUUUCCGAAGGUAACGGUACGAAGCAACCAAUUAAUUACCUGUGGGCUAUGCAGUUUGGUGUACCUGUUGUCUUGCGCGACAAUGAUCCGCUUGCCUACCUCAACACGUAGGAUUAGGAGAUAGAAACUUCAAGAAGGGUGAUAUAGAAAUGGCAACAGUCAACACCGGUUUCUCUUUGCUAGCACGUGGAAUUGGCGAGGAAAAGGUUCAUCGGGGACACAGGAAAUUAGAAGUUUCCCUGGAACCUGAGGAUUACCACAAUAUUCAAGGGCGGAAGUUUUACUUGCCUCCCAUCCAGCAGAGGGCGUGGCCACAGGAGGAACUGGACUCACCUCGGGAGCUCCACACCCACAAGACGUUCACGACGCGGAAGGGCGCUCUCUUGCUGUACUCGGAGGAUCUCGCCUUGACCGCCAAAGAGAGGGCGGAGAGCAAUAAGGCCUUGGAGGCAGAGGACACGCUGAAUCUGAACACAUUCCAUGACCUUAGAAGUGCAAUCUUGUCCUAUGGGGCAAAGGAUGCAUCAUCCGAGCCAGUCUAUCUGGGCUUCGUCCACAACAAACAUGCCCCUACCACCCACCGGGCUGUUCGACCGGGCUUCUCAGCCAAGAGGUACCUGUCCAAUUGGUCCAGGAGCUGGGAUGACUCGAUACUCAAUACCCUCAGAAACAAUGGUCACAUAUUGGACAAGAAUCUUUUUCAAGAGAAUGCCCUGGCACCAAAGAUCCUCAGACGCAUAAAUGAUGACCUAUCUGGCUUGCCAGCACCAUACCGUGUCACCAGGAACAUGCUAAUGGCUCCUGGUAGCCCAAUCAUCUAUGAAUUCUAUAGGGUUCGACCAAGCAGCGCUGAUUCUGGUUCAUCACUGUCAACUGAGGAGCGAUUGAAACGCAAGCUUAGGCGGCCAUCGGAAGAUGACUUUGACACUGACAGAGAAGGCCGGCGGACACCCAUGGUGUCAUUCAAUAUCCCUGGCUCCAUUGCAGCCGUGGUGCGUGACGAACAGAACAAGCCCCACGCCGUCCCUUACUCCAGCCUGGCCCCCGAUGAACAGCAGCAGGUGUUGCAGCGCCUGCUGCUGCAGAGUGCCAUGCACAAGCAGCUGCUGGAGGCUGCCGAAAGGACCGGCCAGGAACUGGGCAGCAACACCUCUCUGGCUGGUAGCAGGCCGGUGACCGUGGAGAAGAUCAAGAAGCUGAAUAUGGGCAACGCAAUUGCAACGUUAGUGGACACCAAUACAUCAGGCCUGCUGCAGGGGCAACAGGUAUUUGAUGACAAAGGCUUCAAGGAGCUUUAUAAGAGGAAAUUCGGUCAGCAAGCGGAACCAUCACCUCCCACUAUUCGGAAAGGUCUGACCCACAGUGCCCGUCGGUCCCACUUCCCCAGUGUUCCCACUCUCCCGCCGAUCGUGUCAUCAUCACCCACUUUCAAACCAGCAGAAAGACAAACCCUGAAGCUGGACUCCAAACUCCCCCAGAUUACAAUGGAACCGCCCACUCCCCAGCACCCGGUGCUAAGCAAUAAUACGCAGAGUCAGCAGAAUUCAUCAUGGGGACAGGAGAGCGAGGAUUUCAGGGAAUCCUGGCCUUCUGAUGAGACCAACAUCUGGAAGGCUGACAUUGACGAAGAGGAGCUUCUCAAACAGCAGCAGGCAGCAUCCGAGGAGGAAGGGGAUGAAGAAGAUGACAGGGAAGAAGAGCUGCAUCGCUCAGAGACAAAGACCAAAUCAGCCAGGUCCACCAGGUCCCUGGGUCAGGGGAGGACACCUUCCAAGCCUGCCUCCAUCUUGAGCUCUGUCAGCGUGAGCAUGGAGGACCUGACAGGACCGAUCAUCUCUGGUGCCAGCAAACACCAGUCCAGCAGUGAGAAGAGCUACGGGGGUUCGUCCAGCGAGGCUGGUCGCAGCAUCAAAGGCAGCCAGCUGCCUGGCAGCCUUAGGGAAAGUAUGCGCUCCUACAAGGGUGGCAGGAACAGUAACAUGGGCAGCGUGGUGCUGGGACCGGAUGGCGAGAUCCUGUCCAUAGGGGGCGGUGUUGGCAUGGGUAGCGUGGCUGACGCCGGGUCCUCGGUGGCGGAUGCGACUGAUAACUUGCAAGCUUCCAGCAUGGCCCACUCUACCCAUAUGGGGGAGUUGGAAAGUUUGGAUGAGCUUGAUGAACAAGAAGAUGACACCUUGUCACAGGACUCAGGUCACAUGUCAUCAGAAGAGGUUGAAGGUCAUGACCCUACCCCAGUUCCGCAGCCAGUCCCCAUACCGACAGCGCAGUUUGGGGACGAUCUUCCUGAGUCCAAGCCACCGAGCCUGCCCAGCUUACCACUGUCCAAGCCAACCAGGUCACAGAAGUCAGCAGAGGAAUCUGUACAUUUGGCAAGAGAAAUUGACAUAACAGGAGGUGAUCUCGAUGCGACCAGAUCUUUCGCCAAUUUCAGUUACGGGAGUGUGGGGCAGGAAUCGGUGGCGGAAGAUGCCCUAAGCCAGGAUGGCAUUGAUGACCAUGGGGAGAGGGAGGCCGCUGCGGACGACGACAUCAUGUCAGAGCAAGAGCCCGAUUGGCCGACUGAGUUUGGAGAAACCAGCGAGCUGGCCGAGGAGGAUGCGUUGAUGGAGGAGCCAGAGAAGGAGGUGGUUAAUGAAGAAGAAAAGGAGCCGUCCACAACAGGGAGUGUCAAGGAUGAGGUUGCAUCCCAGAGGGCGCCCUCGCAGCUGGAGGAGUUAGAGGAGCAUGCAGCGGUCGUGGCAGCCAUGGUCCUUGAGAGGCCCAAGUCGGGACGGGAUCUGGCCGAGGACGCCGAGGCUGCGGCCACCCUGUGGGCAAAGAAAUUAGGAGAACUCUUCAAUCUCUCAGGUGAUCCUGAGCGUGUCCAGUCGGCCCUGGUGCGGCGGCGCCGUAACUCCCUUGAUGCCUCAUCUGUAGCCUCCUCGACAGAGCAUGGUCAGUGGGCUGGGCCAACCCUGAAGAAGAAGCCAUCCAAGAAGUCAAGGAAACUGAAGAGGAUCCACUCAGCAGAGGCUGCCGUCAACUUCUUAAAGAAUCUCGUGAAAGCAGGUGGUGAUGCUGGAGAUGCCACCUCUGUGCACUCAGGCAAGACAGGGAAAUCCCUCCAUUCUGCUGGGUCGCGGGUGGAGAGUGCCCCAACUGUCAAAUCUGGCAAAUCGGCAGCAGCCAAAAGCACCCCCAGCGUCAAAGGUGAUGCAGGGGCUCCCCUAGAGUUUGGUGUCACAAACUAUGGUGUUGCCGACAAGAAGGAACAGGAGAAGCAACCUCCCAUUGUGCGCCCCCCUGCAGAGCCUACCAAGCCUAAAGAACUGGACACAGAGGACGAAGAACUAGCCAAGAUCUUGAAGGAGACAGGCCUAAUGGAGAAAGAGAAGGCACCAGAUGCCAAGAGCACCAAGAGCAGCAAGAGCAGUAAAAGCAACAAGAGCAACAAGUCAAGCGGCAGCAAAGACAAGAACAAGGAGGAGUUUGUUGUCAAAAAGCCAGAGGAUGAUAAAGUUGACCACCUACUCUACAAACCGCUGCCUGAGAAGAAGCCAGAAGAGAAAAAGGCAGAACCUGCAAAAGCAACUAAAGCCAAGAAACCAAAGAAGCCUGCCCCUGUGAAAAAGGUGUCUCCUGCCAAGAAGCCCAAGAAGAAACUCAAAGCGGAGGCUGUAAAGGAGGAGCCCAAACCCCCUCCCGAGGAAACCUCCAAGGCAGAGGAGGAGAAGAAAGUGGAAGAGGUAGCCGAAGAUGCUGAGAGCGAGGAUGUGAAACUGUCCAAGACACCUGCAAUGGAGGAGACAGCCGAAGAAGAUGAAAUGGACGAAGAGGAAGAAGAGGAGAAGGCCGAAUCUCCUGAGUUUAUCAUUAUUCAUGACAUUGAAAGGGAAAACACAGAACCAGUUAUUGAGAAAACGGAAGCACCGGUAAUACCAGUGCAACAACGGAAAGAAUUCUCGGAUUCAGAAGAAGAAGAGCCUGAGCCUUUACCGCCCUCAGUGGCUCAGACGGAUAUGACAGCAGACUCGGAACUCAUGUCUGUCUACACCGAGGACUCUACCAGUCAAGGACUAAGCGGCAUUUCCCGCUCCCAGGCCAAAGCUGCCAAGCGAGCAGCCGAAGCCGAGCGGAGAAAGCAGGCCGUGGAACGGAAGCGGAGGGAGCGAGAGGAGGCCAAGAGGAAGCAGCAAGAGGAGGCUGAGAGGCAAGAGCAGCUCAGGCGUGACUUUGAGGAGGAGAAGCGGAGAAAAGAGGAGGAAAUUAGACUGAAGAGGGAGCGUGAAGCAGAGGAGUUGGAGAGAAGACGCCGGGAGGAAGAGGAAAGGAAGAGACAAGCUGCCAUCACUGCCGAGCGAGAGAAGAAGAGGAUGGAGGAGUAUAAACGGAAGAUGGAGGAGAUUGCCAGACAGAAACGGGAGGAGGAAGAGAGGAAGAGGGAGGAAAACCUGAGGAAACAAAAGGAGGAAGACGAGAGGCGGAAAGCUGAGGAGGCCAAGCUGGCCGCCAUGGCCGAGGAAGAGAGACUGGAGUACGAACGCAAGAAACGAGAGGAUGAGCUCAUCGCCAUGCGCCUGGCAGAGGAAGAGAGACUGAAGCGAGAACUCCUGGCCAAACUGGCUCAGGAGGAAGCUGAGAGGUUCGCCCUUGAGCUGGCUAAGAGGCAGAAGGAGAUGGAGCGGCGGCUGAUGUUUAACAAGUCGCUGCAGUCGGAGGCCAACGUGCUGUCCCACUCCCAGGAGAUGACCAGGGCAUUCACGUGGUCUUACUUUGAGCUGCUGGAGUUUCUCGGGCUGGCCAUGCCAGACUUUCUGAAGCAAUAUCAGAGCUAUACAGACACAGGAUCGUGAGGACAUUGGUCAGAUUGCCAAUUAGUACGGAUGUGUAGUCCCCUAAGGAUGCAGGAUGGAGCGCAGUAGAAGUCUUGAACAGCAUGUAUCCCAAGAGACUUGAAGAUGUAUAUGAAGGAAACUAUUUAUAACGAGAAAGCUAGUAUUUAGAGCAAAAUUGUUUUCAUAUCUUUUCUCCAAACAAAAGUGUAUUUUCACUGACAAAUAAAUGUAUCCCGUGGUAACGGAUCCACUUGAUUUGUUUUUCCUGUAUAUGAUAAUUUGCUUGUACUAUUCCGAAGUAAACCCCUUUUUUGAGUGAAUUGCUUUGGCGUGUAAUGUGUGUGUUUGCACCCAGCUGUUUAAAUAAACAUUACAACGGUAUAGACAGUGUUCCGAGAGUACAUGGGUUGCACUGAGGGAACAGAAGUUAUCUCAGUAAUUCCCUUGGUGAAGCCACUGAAGUGAGUGACCCCCUAAGUUACUACGUUUAAUCAAUCCUAUUUGCUGCCUGUUUAAUACUGCUAUUUGCCCUACUAUUCAAUCGACUUGGUUUCUUUGGCUCUUCCAUUCUUGGCCAUUCGAGAACUAAAUCCACACGGUGUACAUUUUAAUUUGUGAGUGAGAAAAAACAUCUGUUGGGAUUGCUAAUUUAUUCAGGCCGCUGCCCGUGCAAUCUAUAUGAUAAUUAUUUCUUUUCCCGGUAUCAAGUCCCAAAACGGCUGGAAUUACAAAAAAAUCGCUGGUUGAGCGGCUGUUUUUUGCAGCAUGUGCGAUUGCUUCAUCAAUUUUCAUGACAAAUUUUAGGGUACUCGGGCAUUAAAUAUGCAUAUGGUGAAUCCAUGCAUGGCCGAGGUUUGUAGCUACCAUCAGAAAUAUUCGGAAAGGCAUUGAUGAUUCCGUGUCCAGUGUAAUACAUAUAGCUCUCUCCAGAGAAGUAACUGCAUGUUCAUACAUUUUGAUAGCAUUUAGCAAAUACAUGCUAACUUCACCUUCCAUCAAUGGAAAAAUAUGAUAUUUAAUGUGUCUACUACCAGACUGGAGCUAAGGACAGUUUAUGACUUUUAUGACUGAUGUGAGUUUUUAACUUGGAGCUGGGCGAAAGAUAGAUUCUGGCAAAAACAGCUACAUGUAGGAAUAUUUCCCAUUGCUUUUUACAGGAAUCUUAUUCUGUUAAUUAUGAUAAUAGUCAAGAUGUAUUAAAUAACUUCUAAUGAAAAUUUGGCACAGUUCUCACUGGAGGAGUCGAGCAGUUAUAUGUUCGUAUAUUAAUGAACAUGCACAACUGAAACUCAAUUUUUUAAUAGAUAUUGUAUUUUAACAUCAUGUCUAAACACCUAGAUGCUUUUAUUUACCUUCAGCAUUGCCCAUUAGUAAAUGGAUAUGUAAAAAUGAUCCCAACUGAUGAUGAGAAUGUUGCUUUCAAGUUCUCAGAAGGGCCAUUGCUCCUCGGAAUUAAUGAUGGUUGAAGAAGGGAAAUAAUGUUAGUGAUAUUUUACUCGCCGCAAGCCCCACGUUAAAGACUUCCCAGCAGGUGUAUUUGAAUGAUGCAUCGAUGAGCAGGUUUGAUAGACGUGUUUCAUGCAGUGCGGUUCUUCAGUUAUGGCAGCGUCAGGCUGUGGCUAAAGCCAAAUGGAUUCUUCACUGAUGGGAUAAUUGUUAACGGAAGAGAGCAUUGUGUUGGCUGGGUAUUGCAGGAUGGUUGCGAAAGACGGACAUAUUAAUUUCCAAGGGCAAGGGAAGAACCCUGCAGAUCCAUUACAUAUAAUGUACAUUGUUACGUACAUGUAUAACGCAUGUAUCGUAUUUGUUCAGGGGUAUGCAUGCAUAGUGCAUUUUUAUUGACGCUUAUGUUGUUAUUGAGAACCUGUAUUGAUUGGGUUAUGAUGGUUGGUUGAAGAGAGGAUUGGAUUUUAAAUCGGGAUUGAAUGCUUUGUGAAUGUUUGAACGCUAGCUUUUGAUUCUCAAAAACUUGAUUAUAUCUGCAUGCGUUGACAUGAACUGUGUUCAAAGUGCUGUUGAUUCACAAAUAUAUAGUCAGCGCGGUGUACUCACCAUUAGGCGAGAAAGUUGGUGCUCUGAUUUUUAAAGAUAAAUUUUAGAGGAGGACGAAAAAACCCAAAGAAACAUUUUCUAGGGUUUCAAGAUAAACAAAAUUAAUAAGGGUCUUCAGUCGGAGGGAAGAAUACAAAAACAAACUUUUUUCCGGCAAAACAGCGGUAUCCCUUACCAUUUGCGCUAGCAGCCGAGGACCAGGGACUUCGCUGUCAGUCAGACAGCGGGGAGAAAAAACACUUUACACUUACAUCGGGAAGUUGUUAGCGGAUCUGAGACUUCUCUAAAUAAUUUAAAUAUUUAAACAUUUUUUUCCAGUUCUGAAGCCAAAAGGCCGGCGGAUCCGAGCACCAACUUAAAAAAAAACUCUCGCCUUAUGAAAAAAGAAACUUGUACUUCUGAGUGUUGAAUUAAGUGAUCCAGGAAGGCCAAUGAUAAUUUUUCCAUUGAAGACUUGAGGAACAUUGAGAAUAAACAGAAUGUUGUUCCUGAAGUGUAAACAACCCAAGUGAAACGCACGAUGACUUUUAUUGCAGGGUUAUUUAUCAACAAACUGAACAUAAACGGAUGCUUGAAGCCUGAGCAACAUAAUGGACACAGACGGGGCCACUUUACGUGGCACAGUCCGUCCUUGAAGUUUAUUUGCUCCUUGAUACAUGUACAUGAAAGUGUGGACAGGGACCCUAAAACUGAUUAGAUUUGAGGAUGUCAAAUAACUUCCCGGGAUGCUUCAAAAGAUGUGUCAAACAUCACACGGGCAAAUGCCAUUAUCCAUCUACUGACUUUAUUUACAGAAUAAUUGUUAUGACAGUCAAUGUAAAAAUUAUGCAUUGUUUCCAUGUGUUAGUUCCGUAGGUUUUAUCUUCUUUCCUUGUUUGCAGCUCAGUAGUGCCAGUGGGGUGAAUUUAAUCUAGUUUUAGAAUAAUAAGGGUCAAAUCCAAGUGGGAAAAUGCAUACAAUUAGCGCAAUUAAUGCUCAAUAUAUCAUUUCAAAGGAUUUUUCCAGAAAAGGUUUUGAAGAGGUGUAAUUGAAAUUUUAUCAGUGCAUACCUUGGGUAAUGCAUGGAACAAGGAGCAUGGAAUACGUGUACAUUUUAUGUUCUGUAUUCCACUGUAGAUAAAAAAAUGCUGUAUAUGUUAUUUUGUCAGAUAACAACAGAACCGUUGUCCAUUGCUUUUUAAAUUGAAAAUACAUUAAAUAUUCCGUCCAUAAUUUUUAAAUUGAAAAUAAAUUAUGCACCGACUGAUUGGCGUUGUUGUGGAGAUUUCAGCGAUGUCAUGACGUCAAUUCAAAUAUCAUGUAAUAAUAUAAAGUGUAUUUCCUUUUCCCAACGGAAGUAAUUCGAGUGUGUGAAAAUUAAAUUUUCAGUACUUGAUUUAAGUUAAUUUAAAACUGUAUAAACUGGUAAUUUUUCAUUCUCUGUAAAAAUCAUACAUUCUAAUACAUCAUUAUACGUUUAUAAGAAAAAGGGCAGCUUUACUGUAUGUUCCUAGGACAGCAGUUUCAUAUCGCCUCUUGUGACUGUGCCACUUACCAGUUUUGAUUGAUGCAAUACUCUUGUUGAUUUCUUGUUUACAAACUUACGUUUUUCACGCGUCGUUCUGUGCUUUGUUUGAUGUUCCCAGUGCCUAGUUUUGUACUAAACAAGUUCACUUUAAUGUGGAAAGUAUACGCAGGAUAAAGAGGAAAAAUAAUAUUAUCUAGGAAAGAUCAAGA